GCGCAAAACGUGCACAAACUACAAUAAGUAAAUAAUAAGCGCCAUGAAGUUUAUUAUAAAAAGUAUUAGUAAAAACUCUGGACGCCUUGGCCACCUGCGGAUUAAGGAGAGCUCGGAGUUGCAGACGCCGCUACUGCUGCAAACAACAAAAGGCGGAAGCAUUCCCUACUUAAGUGCCGAUGUAUUUGGCUUGGUCAGUCGGGAGCAACAAGUAUUGCAGCUCACACUAUGCACCAUGGAUCAAAUGGCCGAGUCUUUGGAUCAGUGGAAUCGCAGCCUGGGCGACUAUGUGGGCUACCCGGACUACAAUACUCUGCUGCUGUUGCGUGAUCCGUGCGAAGUAACACCAUCAGGUGGCAAUGAUAGGGACGUAGUACCACUUUUCACCCGACGGGGCAAGGAAUCUUUAACAGCGGAACGUUAUAUGCAGCUGGUGACCAGCUUCGCGCCAGAUGUAUAUCAAGGCUUAUGCGAUGCGGACACCAAUCCAGAGAGUACUAAGAAACGAGUUCAAAAAUCUGUGGAUCGCACCGAACGCUUCAUGCAGCACUGCUUCAAGCAGCAUAGGGAGCUAGAGAGAUUAAAAGAUUCGACCCUUCUAGCGCCCAUUGUGGGCGGUUACAACACAUUUGCCCGCACGCAGUCUAUUAAGCAUGCACGAGAACAGCCAAAAGGAACCUAUGGUGGUUACAUAUUUGAGGGUUUCCAUACAAAUGGCAUUGCUGCCACAAGCCUAAAUCCAUCACAAUUGCUGCCCAUUGUGGAUCAUUGUGUACAGCAAAUUGAGGACGAGCUACCACGCUUAAUGCCAGGUGCUUUUACACCUGUGCUAAUGCUGGAGCUAAUACGCCUAGGCGUGGAUAUAUUCGAUACUUCUUACGCUUACUGUGCAGCAGUUAAUUACAAGGCGCUUACUUUUAGUUACUGUAUUGAUAAGGAGGAACAUUCUGCAUUUCUAGAUGUUACAGAUGAGGCGAUUAAGGAGCAGUUUACGCCGCUGCUAGAAGGCUGCAAUUGCUUGGCCUGCCAGAAGCACACGCGUGCCUACAUUCAUCAUUUAUACAAAACGAAUGAGCUGCUGGGUCCCAUUCUAUUAAUGAUCCACAAUUUGCACCACUACAUGGGCUUCUUCGAUGUAAUACGCGACAGCAUAUCAGCGGAUCAACUGCCAGCUCUGCUGGAUUAUGUGAGACAUCAAAAUAUGUCAACGGAUAUAAAUUAUUGCAUUGAACCCAAUAACAAAACUGUGGGCAAGGCGGCAAUGGGAAAGGGUUUUAUCACAGCAGCCAACUAAGUUAUAUGACUAAAA